UAAAUUUAAUAAAAAAAAAAACAAAUAAUAAAAUGGCACAAAAUUCCAAAAGCAAUAAGAACAAACAAAACAAACAACAGCAGCCGGCUGGUAAAAAGAGUGUACAAGAGAAAACCGCACAACAAAAGAAGAAACAAACCACAGAACAAAAGAAAAGAGGUUGCGGUUGUUGUAAAUGGGCCUUUGGUAGCAUAUUGCUUGUUGCGUUGAUCGCCGGUGCUCUUUUCUAUGAUACCGAAGUCAAUGGUAAAGGUGUCUUUGCCAAAUCUGCUACUGGUAAAGUUUUACAAAAUGCCGGUCUUUUGCCACAUGUUGAAAAGGCUUGGUAUACCACUAUGAGUACUGCUGCUCGUGGUUAUAAAUGGGCUGAAAAGAAUUUGCCACCCUAUACGAAACCCAUUUGUCAAUUGGUUUGUGAUGUCUCGAAAUUGGUGCGUAAUGCUGCUUGUAAUGCAUUUACUGCCACCAAAGAUUUAUUAAAUGCCAAAUUACCAGUAGCAGCUGAAUUCGUAAGUUUUCAUUUUGUUUUAUAA